AUGCCGCUCUUGAUGCGACAAAAGCACUCAACACUAACAGCUAAUAGUGUUGUGAUUGCCAAUCUAGAGACGAUGGAAUAUGGUGGCGACGAGCUUGGUAUGGUCCUGAACAAGGAGGAAAUUAACCAACAUGACGAAAGCUCCAAUAUUAUUGUGAAAGGCUCAGCAUUUAAUCCAGAGCCUUCAGCUUCUCUCGUUGUGCAUAUGACAAAAGAAGUGCGUCGAAAUGUAGGAAAGCACAACCACUUGUUUGUGAUGGAAGCAGAUCACUUGCAAGAAGAAAUUUUAACGCUGCGUACUACAUGUACUGGAACGAAGCGAAAAGUACGUUUCGAUUCUUUAGAAUAUGGUGAGUCUACAACGGAUGUCCCCGUCGUACUUGGUGAUUCGGAAGCGGGUUUUCUUUGCUGGAAAGAAUUUGUAAAGACGAAGAAAUUGAAUGAAAAGUCAAUUGCGGAAGCUCAGCGAUGGAAGAUGCAAGUGAUAGAACUCAACGCUUACAUUUCCAUGCAACAUGACGAAGUAGCAGUACUGCGCACAUGUGCAAGGGAAAAAGACGCAGCGAUUGAGAAAGCAGAGGCUGAAGCGAAAGAACUUCGACACUUGAAUCAGAUGCAUUCUCAGGAGAUGAAUUUGCUGCAUGACAAGAUUCAACAUUUGACCACCGAGAUAAAUAAGGGUAGCAUGCAUUUGAAAAUGAUCACGGAGAAAUGGACUGAGACACAGGCCAAAUAUGGACUUCUAGAGCGAGAGAAUAGCAUACUUCGGAAUCAGCUUCAGGUUGCUUGUCAGCAUGCUGUAGAACGAGAGCGCGAGUUUGUCUUAGUACGAGAUGCGCGAGAUGCUCUUCACCUCCACAUAAAUCAACUUAAUGGGACUGGAGCUGCAAAGACAGCACAAAUAAAUGCAUCCCAAGCUUACAAAAGUAACAUUCGUGAAUAUUUGCAGUUCCAACAAGAAGCCAUUCAGCGUCACGCAGUGUUUCGUCGUCUGGUUAAUAAUGUAGCACGUAAUGCCAUCAUGUCGUUGCAUGCGAUGCGUGCCACAAUAACACAGAUACGAGUUCCACUUGUAGCUUUUCAAGGAGAUUUCCGACGAUUUUUUGACAACCUUCGUGUCCCUGUUUUGACUCUUCUUGACCAAACGUCCCGAUAUGCAAUGGCAGCACAUAUUGAACAUGCUCCGUUGCGAGUGGCUCUUACGUUUUCGGAACUUACUCGUCAACACCUUCAUGAGCAAUUAUGGCGGACGCGACGAAAUGCGAUGGUUAUAUGCCAGCUUCAGAAUGUUCAGGAUUCGGUGGCUGAAAGUACUAACGAAGCCGAAAUGUCAGUGGUUCGAGGUAAUUACAGCAACGGAGAGCUACUUCUACGUCAAAAGUACGACAAUAGAGAAGAAGUCUUGGACGUUCAAUGUGACGCAAUUUUUUCGGACCGAGGUCGGGAAUGGGAUCGUCACGAGACCAUCAUGCCACUUGUUCAAUCGGUUUUUGACGGAUGCAACGCGUGUGUCAUAACCUUUGCCAAAGCUUUGCCUUUGAAAAUUGGGGCGACGGUAAGGCAAACGGUUCCAGAGUUAAUUCUACGCGAGUUGUUUGAAGCUAUGGGAAUGCAUGGGACUGACGCACGUUUUUAUCGAGCUAAGGUCACCAUUAGCUUUUUGGCUGUUUUUAAUGAGACUGUGUACGACCUGUUAGGAGUUGAGCGAACGCUAUCAAUGACGACUGACGCUGCUGUCGCUACUGGUCAACAGAUAGUAGUACUUGAAGUACAAGAUGCAGAGGAAGCUCUCAUGGUACUUGCUGGAGGACGUGAGUGUCUUGCGGCUAGUGGGGUACCAGACCUUAAAGCAAAUGAUGUAGCUCCGUCACUCUUGAAUUCGUCACUCACUCAUACGGUUGUGACCGUAUGCUUGUCAUUUGAAAAUCUGCUCACUGGUUGUGGACUCAACAAAUCAAAGCUUCAGAUUGUAGAAUUGGCGCUUGGAUCAAAGUACGCCGGAAACCAAUCGCCUCUAUGCUCUGACAAUCAUGAAGAAGAGAAUCAGCGAGUGGCAGCGGACAAAGGCAUAGAUGCACUUGUGACAGCGCUUGCAGACGUCCGCUUCAAGGAUGUGACUUCCGUGCGCUAUCAUAACUCGGAACUCACUGUUCUCCUUCAAGAUACUAUUAAGUUUGGUGCGAAAUUCCUCGUGUUAGUUGCUCUCCCUUCUUUCUACUCAUCUCGCCAAACUACCGAAGACGCCAAUCCUGCAGCUAUAGUACGCAUUCUUCAACUCAUGCGUUCAUCUAUUGGAAGUGAUGAUCCGCGUCUAAGUUUGAAAAACAAUAACCACGAUCGGUCAGUCGAAGGUUUCAUGAAUCGAUUAGCUUUACAACAGUCACAGCAAUAUCGUGGGUAUACUUUUCCAUUCUCUUCAUUUCAAAUGCGAGAAUACGCUCGGCAUUAUGCGAUUGUACCAAGUUCAUGGAGUACCGAGCUCGAGGAUUUGACCAAGCGAUAUGAUAAACAAGCACUUGAUUCCUUAAUCGCAACACCUCCAGCUCGUAUAUAUCAUAAAGUUGACCAAGUUUGUGAAGAUGAGCAACAGCAUCACUACCACACCAUCUCUUAUCCCCCUCCCGACCCUAUAGACAGUCAAUUAAAAGUUCCGCGGCUCAAUCUCGACCGAUCAGCCACUUCGAAACUAAUACCGUCAUGCAAUCAUUCCAAAAGUAUUUAUAAAAAUACGGCGACAGCAGUAAGAACAGCAAUUGCACCUAUGACUGUCUCUUCUACCCGUAAAUCCACAUGUGAAUAUCGUCAUCAAAUGGCUUCUACCGUCUUGAAAAAGACCUUUCAAUCUCGUAUUCCAUUUCGAUAG